CAAACAUUUCGCUUCCCACCGAGCCAAAAUUUCGUCAGAUUCUUCGCUGCGCGGCUGCGCGCGCGCCAUCUCGCUGAUUCGACCGCGAAAUUUUCAGUCAUUUAAACCCCCGGUUCGUUUCGAUCCCAAAUCACCCGCCGCGAACCUCCUCUUCUUCUUCCCCGUGUAGCAAAAUCUCCGGUCUCGAUUCCGUCCAUGGAGUUCGCCGUCGGCAGCGGGAGCGUGCGUGAUCUGCCGCCUUCCAAGCGGUUCAAGUACGUCGGCGGCUCCAGUCUCGGGAUGGCGCCGUGCCUGCCGGCGAGGAAGCGGUUGUGCCCGCCGAUGCUGGAGGCGGCGGCGGCGGCGGCGGCGGCCGUCCCCGUUUGCCUCCCGGCGAAGAAGCGGGCUUAUGCGGCGGCGGCGGCGGUGGAGGGGGGCGGUUUCGCUCUGUGCCUCCCGGCUAAGAAGCGCGCCUAUGCGCCACCGGUGGAUGAUGCCGUCGCGCCGGCGUGUCUUCCGGCCAAGAAGCGCAUCCACGCGCCGCCGCCGCCGCCGCCGGAUAGUGGUGCUUCUCCCUCAGUCCCGACUACGAAGCGCGUCGACACUCUGCCACCGGCGGCGGCGGAUAAGGCUGCUAUUUCUCCGAGCAUCCCGGUCCCGGUCAGGAAGCGUGUUCACGCGCCGCAACCGCCGCCGGCGCCGGCGCCGGAGAAGGCGGCGGUUUCUCCGAGCAUCCCGGUCCCUGCUAAGAAGCGCGUCAGCGCGACGGCGGCGGCGGCGGCUACUGACGCUUCUCCCCGCGUCCCGUUCAAGGAUCUCGUCAACACCCUGCCGCCGCCGAGAGACGCCGCCGUUUCUCCGAGCAUCCCGGCCAAGAAGAGCGCCCGCGCGCCGCCGUCCCCGAAGGACACCGCCGCUCCGGUCUCGGUUUGCCUACCGAGCAAUAAGCGCGUGAUGCCGCCGUUUCUCCCGCCAUCGCCGCCUCCAUCCAAGGAGUCGGAUGGAGCUCGCGUCGCCGCUGUUAAAGAAGCCAAGCCUCAAGGAUCCAAUAAACGUGGCGCCACCACCAAUUCGAGCGUGGCAAAUGGUGUGGAAGAUGAUUAUGCAAGAGCUGAAGCAUCCAAGAUUCAAGAGAAGCCCAAGAUUCCGGAGAAGCCUAUCAAUCAUGAAGAAAUCAAGGAGCAAGUGUCGAAGAAACAAAGAUCAAACACUUGCAGAGAAUCGAAAGAUCAGGAAUGCAAUCAAUCCUGCAGUGCUAUUAGUGCGAAGCAAUCUGAAGUCGAAGCACUCGAGAAAGCUUGCAAAGCGAUUGAUCUCAACGAAGCAGCACGGGAAGAAGACUCCUGGGAUGGAGAGAGAGUGGCGCGAGAGCCAACGCAAGAGGCCAUGGCGGCGGCGGCGGAGGAGGAGGUGGAAGAGGAGGACGACGGCGUGCACUGCGCGGUGUGCGGGAGCACCGACGGCGACCCGUCGGACCCCAUCGUGUUCUGCGACGGGUGCGACCUCAUGGUGCACGCCUCCUGCUACGGCAACCCGCUCGCCUCGUUCAUCCCCGACGGCGACUGGUUCUGCUCCGUCUGCACCGCCGCCGCCGCCAAGAAGAGCAAGGGCAACAAGCCGCCGCCGCCGCCGCCACGCUGCUGCCUCUGCCCGGCGAGGGGCGGCGCGAUGAAGCGCACGACGGACGCGCGGUGGGCGCACAUCGCGUGCGCGCUGCUGGUGCCGGAGGUGUUCUUCCGCGACCCCGACGGCCGCGACGGCGUCGACUGCUCCCGCGUCCCCGCGCACCGCUUCGCCACGGCGUGCUACGUCUGCGAGAGCGGCGGCGGCUGCGCGCUCGAGUGCUCGCAGCCCAGGUGCGGCCUAGGGUUCCACGUCUCCUGCGGCCUCGACGCCGGCCUCUGCAUCGAGUACCAGGAGGCCAAGGCCGGCGGCGGCGGCGGCGGCGUCGUCGCCGGCUUCUGCUUGGAGCACACCAAGCUCUGGGAAAAGCAACAAUUGACAGGCAAGUACAAGAUUGUGUCAAGAGGGCAGAAAUGACAUGGAAUGGAAGAACCAGACAAUCAGUUUCAUUAGGAUUUGUUUCUUUCUUUCUUUUCUUUUCUUUUCUUCUUUUUUUUUUUUUGCCUUGUGAAAGGCUGAAUUGUACCAGCAGAAGAAUUUUAGUAUUGUCUUGUUUUGUGCAUGAAAUUGGGACUAGUUACUUUUUAGUUGGAAUAAGAAUUGGUAUCUAUUUCUGCAGAAGAGCUUCAGCUUGCUUAGAUCAAACAAUCUAUUGAAUUGUGAUGCCAACCUUGAAAUGAUGUGGAAAUGUCGAAGUUGUUUGCCA